AUGGACGUUGACCACAACCCGCCGAAUGGCGGCGGCGGGGACACAUCCGAGGACGAUGACUUCCAGAAGCUGCUACGACAAGCGGGCAUGGGCGUUGCAGAAGGCGAGGUCAAUCUCUUGGAAGGCAUCACGGACCGCCCGCUCGAGAUUGGCGAAAAGGCAGACGAUGCGAUCGAUUACGAAGAUAUCGGCGACGACGACCUGCCGGAAGAGGAAUUUGAGUCGGGCGAAGGUGACGACGCCGGUAUCAAUUUCAGCGGAACCACGGUGCAAGACUCUGGUGGAGCACCGAAUGAUGACGAUGUGAACAUGGAUGACCUGUUCGGCGACAACGUUGACGAUGACGACGACCUCUUCGGUGAUGGCAUGGGUCUCUCUGACCCCAUACAAAAGUCUGGACAACACGAGGAUGACCCAAUGAAUUCUAUCGAAGACCUCGUUCAGCAGGCUUUCAAUAGCUCCGAAAAUGACAAGCCACAGCCGACUGCCCACAACGCCGCUCAUGGUAUUGCGCAGCAGGAUUUGGAGGAAGAAGACCCAGAGGUGCGCGAGCAGAUGGCUCUGUUCGCACAGUCGAUGCGCAAAAAGGAUGAGCCAGCCAUCGCUCACAAGAAGACGUCGCGGGAGGAGUUUGAGAAGAUUUGGCCCAACUUUGAAGAAGACAAGCCACCACGCUUCUUUAGCUUAGUGCCACGGAAACGUGCAUUUUAUAUACCCAAAGUUCCGCAAAAGGCACCAAAGUCUUUUCAAAUGAACAAGCUUAGCCUCGACUUGGCGACAGAUCAAGAGAAAGCCUUCCGACUACAUCCCACAACAACGACAACUGCCAAACCAGGUCGACAACAAGAGGAAGAGCAAGGCGGAAUUAUUCACAUCACCAGCGUUGCCGAGGAGGAUGGUGAGACCGACGAACAGCUGGAACUAGAAAACCUCGAGACUAUCGACGAUCGCGAAAUGAUUGGAAACAUAUCAUGGAGCGACCUUAGGAUUGCAUGUGAGGACUGGGAAAUUCCGGACGAGUCUAGUGUCCCAGCCCUGGCCGAUAGUAACCAGGCACCAAGUCCACCUGACAGCGUCGACAUUGACCAACUGUCACCAAACAAAAAGCGGAAACUUGGCAGUCGCGAAAAGCCCAUACAGUUCUCCGUCUACGAUCACAUGGACUUGCCGACAUGGGAUGACCCAGAGCUUGAGACGGCGAGAUUCUUGCCCGCGUUGAAGUUGCAAUAUCCAUUCUACAAGGUCGCGCUGUCCGAUCGCGAACUGCGGUCAUUCCAUCGCCCUACCGUUACCUUCAAGCCUGGCGAGCGAGCUAGUAUCUCGACGCUCAGAUCUGUCAAAAGGAAACAUAAGAAGAAUCUCAAACCGUCUGAAGCCUUUGCAUCAGCGGAAGACCUCAACAUUGGCGACAACUCGGACCUCCUUCUUGCAGAAUACUCAGAAGAGUACCCCACGACGUUGUCUAACUUUGGCAUGGGUGUCAAGAUUCUCAACUACUACCGGCGGAAAGACAUGGACGAUACAGCACGACCGAAGCCAGAGGAUGGUAUUGGAGAGACUUCCGUCUUGCUGCCGCAGGAUAAGAGUCCUUUCUCGCUGUUCGGCACAGUCGAACCAGGCCAGCAAGUGUUGACACUCCACAACGCCAUGUAUCGAGCACCGGUGUUCAAGCACAAGCCUGAAGAGACAGAUUUCCUCGUGAGCAGAAGCUAUACCGGUGUUAAUGGCAACAGGUAUUACAUGCGCAACAUUCCGAACCUCAUGGUCGUUGGACAACAGUUCCCCUCUGUGGAGGUGCCUGGCACACAUGCUCGAAAAGUCACUGAGGCAUCCAAGAAGCGACUCAAGAUGUUGGCGUUCCGACUUUACCGCAAGGGACAACAGAAGGGUGCACGUCAGCCUUGGGUUAGUAACGAGAUGAUCAAGCAGCAUCUGCCCGGUACCGAGAUUGCGCAAAAUCGUUCCCGAAUGCGAGAAAUCAUGAAGUAUCAAAAGGACAUUGGUACUUGGGAACCCGUACCUGGCGAGACCGUUCCCGAGGAGCCAAUUCUUCGCACUUGGAUCAAGCCAGAGGAUGUCUGUUUGAUUGACUCGAUGCAUGCUGGCGACAAGCAACUUCAAGAUGCUGGUAUCAAGUCUAACGAAAUUCGUGACGACGACGAUGAGGCUGAUAACGAGAAUGCUGAUGUCAAGUUGGCACCUUGGAACACGACCAAGAACUUCUUGAAUGCCUGUGCGGGCAAGGCCAUGUUGGAGCUUCACGGUGACGGCGACCCUACUGGUCAAGGUCUGGGCUUUAGUUUCAUCAAGGUCUCGAUGAAGGGUGGGUUCAGGGAUGUUGGCGAGAGUGCAGCAGAUCGUCUUGACAACAAGAAGAUGAAAGAACUUGGUGGUCACAGCUACAACGUUCAGAGACAACAAGUCAUGUACGAGAAUGCUAUCAAGCGAAUCUGGAACAAACAGAAGGAGAGUUUGUCCGCUCAGAACCCGCCCUCCGAUACCGAAGAUGACGUCGACUCUGCCGUGGCCCGCAACAACCUACCCCGCCAGCGCUCCGAAGUAGGAACUCCCAUGAUGCGUCAUGACGAUGAAACCAUGUCCCAGAUGUCUCGCAAUAGUAAUGCAGACAACCGCGGCAAGAAGCUCAAGAUCACACGCACCAUCAAGAACCAGAACGGCGAGUUUGAGGACGUAACAGAGAUCAUCACCGACCCCGCCGUCAUCCAACUAUAUAUCAAGCACAAGCGACAAGAGCGCCUCCUAAACAUGCGCAUCGAGGACAUCAAGCCCACCGGCGACCCCGAAGUCGACAAGGCCCAGCAGAUCAAGCUCAAAACCGAACUCGCCCGCCUCGCCCGCAACAUCGAACGACGCGAGGGCCGUGAAAAAGCAAAGGGACUGCACAAGUCACAGACAGGCGAGGGCGGCGCCAGUGCAACAGGUGGACCAGGAAAAGGUGGAGCUACACCUCGCAAGUGCGCCAAUUGCGGCGAGGUUGGCCACAUCAAGACCAACAAGAAGCUCUGCCCCCUCCUCAACGGCCAGAGGAAGCAAAACGAUACUUUCAGGGACGCAAGUGCUGCUUCGCCUGUUACUGUCGUUCCUGCUACCCCUUCUUUCGCCGGCUCGCCUUCUUAG